AUGUCAUUUAAAAAUUCGAAUAUCAAAAUAGUAGUUUUAGACUUAGAUGGAAAGGGUAAAAUGGUUGGAGGCACUUAUCUAAACAAAGCUAAAAAUGUUGGGAUUAUGUAUUUUGAUAUAAACGAACAAUGGUCGAGGUUGGAACAUUCUUCUGUGGAAAAGGCUAUUAUGUAUUCCAUUGUGUUGCCGAAACAGAAGAUUGAAUUGGUGAAUGAUGAUGAUUUGCAGAAGAUUCAACAAAUAUAUGGUGUCCAAAAUGAUAAAUCAAAUUCAAAUGCCAAAACUGAUGCAUCAGAUUCAACUGUCGAAAAUGAUGCAUCUGAUUCAAGUUGGCCAGUGGUCUUUUGGCCUUUAGGCUUCUGUGGGUUUGUUGUAUGUUUCUUUGGGCUACUGUGA